CCAGAUCUAGGUGAACAAACUAUCUAAGCUAAAUUUUUGCUCUUUUUAUAUAAAGUAAGUCUGCUUUGAAAAGAUGUUAAACGGAUCCGUUGCUGAACGUGAUGAUAAGGGCCACAGAAGGAGAGCAGUAGAAAUUGGAUCCUCAGAUAUGGAAGAGAAACAAGCGCCUAAAAGGAUGAAGCUGGCAGAUGACAAUGGCCUCGAUCUUCACACUCCAAGAAAUGUUAUGCUGAAUAAUGAACCUGACUGGAGCCUAUUGCCUUACACUGUACUAAAGUGUAUAUACAGUCUUUUACCGAGGAGGCACCAGUGCAACAUGUCCCUGGCGUGCCGAAACUGGUUUGAGCACUUUAAGGCAUCGAGUAUCUCAAGGACUCUUAUAUUGAAUUUCAACGGUGUAGAUGAUUCCAUGGCCAUGAGGUUUUUUAAAGGGAUCUUUCCCCGUGGCCUACUUUACUUAAAUAUUGAUUGCAGAGAAUCUGACGGACGUCCUCGUAUAGAUGAAUGGGACUCACUGGAAUAUUUAUUAAUGAUGAUGAAACGCAUGCUGACCCUAAGAGUUGAAAAGCUUGUCUGUUUACGGCUGGCUAAUAUGAGUCGAAUGAUCAAAGAUUACACAGAAAAGGGCAAAAGAAAAGAUCUUGUCAUGGCAUUGAGAGGAUUCAUAUCAAAUCAAAGGCAACUAAGAGUUCUAAAUCUGUCAUGUGCAGGUUUAAAAUUACAACAUGGAAGUGAAGUGAUAGCUAAAGCAGGAAGAAAUUGCGGGUCAAAGAUUAAAAAACUGAUCAUCGAUGAUUUGUUUUCAAUGGACAAUGAGGAUGAAGACUUCACUGACCAACUGAGCACUGUUCUACUAGAACCACUUAGAUAUUAUACUGGACUCACCUCAUUAGCAUGCAGCUAUCAAAACCUCAGUCCUGAGAUUUUGAAUGUUCUCGCCACUUCGGGUGUCCUCAAACUCCUACGGGUCUACGUUGUCAAAGUAAUGGACCCUGGACACAUGACAACGGGGGACUGGGAAAAUCUACAGGCUUCGUGCCCACAGCUGGAGGCACAUUUUAUUUGUACUAACGCCAUUGACUAUCAGACAUUUUGGUCAAUGAUGAUACCAGGCAUUCCAUUGACGAUAUUUCGCUGGACUAUUGAGGAAGAUUUUCUGGAUGAGAACUGGAGUGAAGAAACUCUCGCUCGCGGCCUUUUUCAUCUCAGCAGAACUUUGCCGGGUAACAUCCGACAUGUAUCCGUUAGUCUUCAGGUAGCUGCCAGCCAUAUCGCUUGUCUAUUCAAUGGAAUCUUAUACGACUGUGCGAAUAUUGAGACGUUGUCCAUUGACGUGCCUGAGAAAACUGAAAACGCCAUUGAGUUCAAGAAGCUGUUGAUGCACAAUAUCGUCGAGUACAGCAGUGGCCGCACCAAUCUGAGGGAGUUUCAAUACAACGGGCGAACAGAAACAAUCAUUAAGCAGACAGAGAACGGCAAAGAGAGUUCGACGUCUGGUGUAAAUGUUUAAGAAUUAACUCAGUUUCUUUGAAUAAUAUAGUAUAUUAUUUAUUCAUUUUACAAUUCCUCUUGUUGGCUUGUAAACUCUUCUAUAUAAAACCCUCUUGUGACUAAUCUUGAAAAAAGGCUCUGACGAAGUUCCUUGAAAUUUAAGAGUUUAUGUAUUUAUUUGAGGAAAAAAAAUACUAGCUGUCCACAUAGGACAUUGAACAUUACAAUUUUAAAAAGUAUAAUCAUCUUAAAAUUAAUAUUUGCUAAAGGUAUUUUAUUCUGAACACACGUCAGUGGGAAUUCGUGCUUAUAUUCUAUAAAAAGUUGAAUACUUAAUUGACGUUACCCUUAGAAAAUAUGUUGUAACGUGCCUGUAUUGAAUAGGCCUACAUUUUCUAAUUUAUAUUUUCAUAAUUUUAAUAAAAGAUAGUUUCUAAUUUAUAUAUUUCAUUUUCAUAAUUUUAAUAAAAGAUAGUUUAUUAGUGCACAUUUACGUUAAAAAAAUACAAGAAUAUAUGCGGAUAAUUUGAUAAAUAAAAAACCCAAUGUUUCGUGUGGCUGCUUGUUUGGAAGUUUAUGCUUGUUAUACUGCAAUUAUAUACUAUGGACAGUAACCUACUAAUGUAUGUCUAUGGAACAGUGGUGAUUUAAAUAAAGUGAUGUGGAUGUUUAAAUGAACUAUAUGAUCUAUGUAAAUAGUUUCAUAUAUUUUGUAAGUACUGUAUAAAAACUCUGAUGUUUUAUUAGCAUACAAUCAACCCAAAAA